AUGUCGUUCCUGUCGCCUGCCGGCCUGACCAACUUCGGCGUGUUCGCUGUUGUCGCCGGUCUCUGCAUUGGCCUGGCUUCCGUGGUGGAAGCGCGCCUCGACCGGCUCGGGCGGGAGGGCCGCGAUCGUCGGUGCCUGGGGUUCGCCUGGGUCCUCGCGGUUUGGCUGUGGGUGCUGCGUCGGAGGGCUGCGGCUGUUCACCUCGUUCGGCGCGCCCUCGGCCGGGACGAGGUCCUGGACAUCAUCGACCUCUACGCCCUCGAGGCCGGUCGUAAUCGCCGGCAAGAUUAA